GCAUGUGUGCAGCUCUCAACAUGUAAAUGAAUGACGUUGGCAGGAUGAGCACAAGCACUAUGACAGCAUUCAACAGUAAGUUUCCGCUGCAGGUCAGAUGCGCGCUCGAACUGGACGGACUGAUGAAAACGGAAGCUGUGCGAGUUUAACUGGAGGAUAUACUCAAUAUAAUAACAUUUCUCGGGCUUCAAGAACAGAAGCGGACAGAAUAAAGAAUGACAGAUAUAAUGAACAACCCAGAACACAGUCUAGAAGACCAAGGCGUUUCCUUUCAGAUUUUCCCAGAUACACAGGAACGCCACCCCAAGGUGUUCAAGCGAGUGCCCUCCAUCGUAGUGGAGCCCACAGAGGGAGAGGUGGAGAGCGGAGAGUUACGUUGGCCCCCAGAUGACCUGAGAAGCACAGACCCUUCCAGCCAAACCCAGAUAUCACACAGCCAGAGUACAGAUGAAGUCAAGUGCAGCAGCCUGGAAACAUCAGGGGCAGCUGAGCGUGACUGAAAUUCAACAAAUACGUUGUCACAAGUCUGCCAUUAUCACAAGUCUUGGUUCUCACAAAAUUUUCACACUUAGAAAGACACAAAUACUGACGAGCAACACAAUGCGAUAUCUGAACACCCUUUAUAACACAUUCAUGGCUUUAAAAAGACUUUUGAAAGUCUUCUGUACUUUUUAAGAUCAGACUCAUGACACAUUUUAUCUUUGGAAAGGGGCUUUAGCAAUCUUACAUUGCCUUCAGACUUGAAGGCCUAGUUUUUCUUUCAUGAUGCAGAAAGUAUCCUCUAUGUCUGAGAAUAUACUGAAA